UCCUGAAAGUCGAUCCGCCACCGAUCGGAAAUGAAAACGGUCCAUUUCCUCCUGAAGCCCUUAGAGGCGAAGGGCGACGCCAAGAGAAAAUCGACCGCUGGGCCUCGUCCGGCAGCCGAGCGGGAGGAGCGCCCCGGGGACUGGCCGUUCGGGUUUUGGCCAGAGCCCAACCUCCAGGACCCGGGAACGGAGAAACUUCGAAGGCCUUCCACGUGGAGGCGCCAUUCCCGCGCGGCGCACAGGCCGCGCCCGGAGCCUCCGGGGGAAAGCUCGGAGGUCUGGGGGAACAAGUUUUCUGAGGAUGUCGAUAAGUACUCUCGACCAUAUCUUUAUUUAGUAGACAGUAUCCUCAAGUCCAAGACUGGAACACAAAUUGAGAAAAUUAGAGGUCAGAUCAUGCCAGAAAUAAUAAGAUUAAACACGGAAAUCAAAGAAGCUCAAAUCCAGCAAAAACCACGAAUAAAGGAAAUCAGGCAGCUAUAUACAGAAAUAUCCCAGCUCCAAAGUGAAAAUAAAUUCUUUCUGGACUACCUCACUAACAAAACAGAGGAGUAUAGAAAACAACCCGAAAAGCUGUGGGCGAGCUAUUUACAAAAAGUUCGGGAGAUGGAAAGAAGGAAGCAAGUUGCAUCUGCCAAAUAUGAGGCAAAAUUUGCAAGGCUUAAAGCAGAACUCUUGGAGAAGGAAAAGGUGCUGCACAACUUGAAGAAGUGUUUGGAGGGAAUGAAAAACAUUUCCACGUUGAAGGAGAAGCAGGAGAAUAAAAUACUGGCACUAAAAGAAGAGGAGGAGAAAGUCCCAGCCAAGACAAAUGCAAAAAUACAGGAAAUCCUUGUCCCAUUCCUCUUGAAAAAAACAUUAUUGGAGGAACAACUGAAUGAACCAGACAUAAAAUGGCUUGCAAAGAGUAAGGUUUUUGGAAAGACCCAUGACGUGGAGUCAGCAGCUCGGCACCGUUGUGUCAAGUUCUCCCGAGAUGUCACGGAAGAGAGUGAACGGGUACAGAAGGAACUCCUGAAGCUCAUUCAGCGGAGUGAAGAGCUGGAGGCUGCCCAGAAACGGUUAGAGACACAGAAACGUCAACUGCAGCAGAAAGAGUGGUAUCUGGAAGGUGUGGUCCGGGGGAGGAAGCAUCUUCAAAGAAGACGUAAUUGGCGCUCGGAAGAACAGGGGGUGCCAAAGGCCACAGUGAGCCCUCCCCACAGCACCAAAUCAAGGAUUAAUCUAAAUCCUAAAUCACACCGAUGAAAUAAGCAUUGAAGCACAUAUUCUUGGAUACUGCAGACGCCUGGUUAAGAAGGCUUAGGGAUCACGGGUUCCUUUGGUAAA